UUUCAUAUCAAAAAUCCGCUUUUAUUCGACAAAGAGGCAAAAUCUAUAGCAGUCCAACAGAAAACUUCUCAUCUACCUCUUAGAGAGACAGAACAACAGCUAAGAGACUGAGGAAAGCGGUAAAGGCCCCCGUAGCAGUCUUGGAGCCAGCAUUACCCCCUUUGCCGUCAUCGUUAGUAACCUUCAUGGCGGUGCAAACAAUAGCUCGGUCGGGAACGGGGGAGUUGGAGUCAGUAGCAGUACAGUCGCCACUUGUCAGCAACUGCUUGCUCUCGCCCUUGGCAAUGUUACGGAGCCAGUUAUAGGGGACGUUAACUGGCAGAGCGUCAGGAUGGGCAGCACGGACAACAUCCUGAAGGACAGCAUCAUUCAUGGCAACAGCCCCCGAGAACCAGUCUCGACCGUUGUUAGGAUUAACAAUACCAUCUUCACGGAAGAUAGCCUUGUUCUGGAUGAACUUGUGAGGGGAGCUGGGACUAAGCCCAUAGUUCUUGUAGAAUGCAUCAAUAUCAUCCCCAAUAAAAGUCUCGUCAAUCAAUACAUCUACGUCCUUGAGAGCCUCAGCAAAGGCAGCUGCGUCGGUAAAUUUGUUAGUGAUGGUACCAUUAAAAAAGAUGGCGCCAGCAUCCUCCGAAAUAAUUCUCUUAUAAGCAGCAGGAGAAAACGUCCACGACGCAACAUUUUUGUUGUACUCAGCAGGAGCCUCAUACUGAGUCCAGGCAAUGAUAGGUUUGUUGGCUUUGACUUUGACGGCCUGUUUGAAGCAGUCGUAGUUGUUGUUGAUAGUUGCAGUCAAGUUGUUGGCUUGGGACUCGAGGUUAAAGAAGGUUGAGUAGAACUCAAGCCACUCAGCGCGCUAUGAGAUUGCAAAAGGAAAUGGAUCAUUAGAAUGCAACUAAUAUUAUUUGAAGCGCCCCAAAGUCUGGUUUACUUGGAGGUUUGUUGUAUGCACUCGAUACAUAUAGAAAUCUACGCGAUCGUUGAGAAUAUUG